AUGUGAGGACUUUGCAGUUGGGGGGAAGAGGAGGCUGUAUUUCAUCACUGCUAAACAAAUGAGCCUAGUGCCUAAAAAGGAAGCACGCACCACAGGCAUUCUGACUCUCAAUCAUCUUACUGGAGUUUUGCUUCUAAGAGGAACAAAGAAUGGGAUCAGAUAAUCAGAAACUGAUGAGCACUGAGAAACCAGACAUCCCAUCAACAGAAGCCCCAAAGAUUCAUAGUACAAAUUGCCCAAGUAUUUUUCUGAAUAAACAAUUCCUCUACUUAGCCCUGGCAUUUGUUGCUGGGGUUCUUCUGACGCUUCUGGUCACUCUAAUCAUCUGCCUCAUCAAGAAGAGCUGUCCCAAAUAUCCAAGCAGCCUCUCCCAGGAGAUUUCCCAACCCUUGGACCCUCCUCACAAGAGUUGCUCCAAUGCUGAGGAGGUCUUUAUCUCCGGUAACACAUCUUGCCAAGGCUCAGAAGAAAAUGGAGUCUACUUUUCCCAACAUCAAUCUGCAGAAUUGGACUGCAUUGUUUAUGCACAAAUCAAAGUACAAACCAAUGCCAACCUUGCCACCGAUGGAAGUGGGGGGACAUCCUAGAUCUGAUGCUCCCAGCCCUGGGUUAUUUCCUCCCUUACAGACCUUGGUCCCCUUCAUAGCUGUAUCAUAGCAAUCACUGUAUGGGUGUGACAUGCCUAAGUAUUUAAUCUGGUAAUUUUCAAAGUUAUUGGAUGAUAUUCUCUAGCCACGGAAGGGAUUGGCUUCGACUCUUAGUCUAAGAUCAUGAAAGGUUGGAACUAUGCCUUUUGUAGACUACUUUAGUUGUAUAUAGCACAGAAAGCUCCGAGAGCCAGUUACUACUCAAUUAAUGGUAUUAAAUGACUUUGGAGAAUUCCCAAUAAAGAAACCUUAUAUAACUUUGCAUUUUUCUUGAUAGCUCCUGCCUGAGUACUGAAAACUUUCUCCAGAGCUCAUGAGAAAAGGAGACAGAUAUCACAAAGGCAGAGAAAAUACAGAUAGAAGUCAGAAAUCAGAUAUGUGCCAUUUCUAAGAGAGUAGGAGUCUGGGGAGAAAAGAGAAAGAAUUGGCAUGAAAGUCAGUGGAAUGAGAGUCAGGCUUGGAGAUUCAAGAUCCUGGAUUCAAAUUUGGCCUGAAACACUCUGUAGCUGCAUGACCCUGGGCAAGUCACUUAACCCCAGUUGCCCAGCCCUUACUGCUCUUCUGAUUUAGAAUUGAUAUUUAGUGUAAACUGUAAGAAUGAAGGCAAGGAUUAAAAAAAAAAAGCUAUGAGGCCCUUACUCUUAGGCAGAGAAGAGGCCACCAUGAGAGAAACCAAGUUGGGGAAGUGGUCAAUGGUAGGCAGGAAAGUGAAACACAAGCUAAUCCAACUGGCCCCAUGAUGGCAGUGGAGAAUAAGACUUUCUUUGGGGCUAGACAUCUAAACAAGGAAGCUGGGGACUUUCCCAGACUGCUGGGAGGGGUCCUCUUCCUCAUCCUCCUCUGUUGAGGGAACAUGCCUUACAAAGAGAUACGAAAGAAUAGGACCAUUCUGUGAUU